GUGGAAGAAACGGCACAAUGUUGCGCUCCCAGAUGGCGGACUUUAAGUUUAAGGAAAAAUAGUGUCAAUUUUAAAGACAGCGCAUAUUGAAAGUCAAGUGACAUAGAAAAAAAAAAAGUCAGUAUACAGCUGCUUUACCAUAAUGAUGCAUCUUAGUACUUGCUUCAGCGGUACAUAUAAUAAAAUUGGAACGAAAAUGCAUCUUAAUGUUUCAUCAUGUAUGCUACCUAGAACCAGUGCAAUACAUACUGGCAGGUCACGGGCAUAGCCAGCCAAAAUUCUCAACCAGUGCAACUCCGCUGAUACGCAGUGAAUAUACACAUGUGUGUAAAAAUGCUUCAGAAAAAAGCCAAGACUGAAUCACAUCUCAAUUACUUAUAACAGGCUUCAGUGAGUAGCAAAGUGGUUUUCGAAAGUGUCUGAUAACUUGACAAUAGUCGGAAAAAAACAACAACCAUGUGAACCUCAUUAGUUCAUUGGUGUCUUGAAAAUAGCUUGAGUCUACAGCGUACCAAAACAAAACUCCUCGGAAGUAUAAGAGAGGGUAUUCCUGAAGUAUUCCUGAAUGGAUGCGUACACUGUUGUGGGGCGGAUCGGGGAGGGGGCGCACGGGGUGGUAGUGAGGGCCAGACAUAACCUGACGGGACGGCUAGUGGCGCUGAAGAAGGUGCCGCUGAGGAGGCUGGACCACGGCAUGCCCACCACGGCGCUCAGGGAAAUCAAGGCACUCCAGCAGAUUAAUUCACAGCAUGUGAUGCGGCUGCUGGAGGUGUUCGCUGACGGCGCGGGCUUCGUGUUGGCCUUCGAGCUGAUGCUGGGGGACCUAGGCGAGAUGCUGCGGGAUGCAUCGCGGCCCCUCACACGCGCCCACGUCAAGACCUACAUGACCAUGCUGCUCUCCGGCGUCGCCUUCCUCCACAAACACAACAUAAUGCACAGGGACUUGAAGCCAGCCAACCUGUUGAUCAGCGGGAAGGGGCAGCUCAAGAUAGCGGACCUGGGCCUGUGCCGGGUGUUUUCUCGGCAGGGCAAGAGGCUCUACUCCCACCAGGUAGCGACAAGAUGGUACCGCGCCCCUGAGCUGCUGUACGGGGCGCGCCAAUACCGGGAGGGCGUGGACCUGUGGGCGGUGGGAUGCAUCUUUGCCGAAAUGAUCAACAACUGUCCACUCUUCCCGGGCGAAAGUGACAUUGAUCAGCUGUGUGUGGUGCUGCAGGUCCUGGGCACGCCCUCCGAGGCCUCCUGGCCCGGCCUGGCACAGCUGCCUGACUACAGAAAGAUUACUUUCCCGGAGUGCCAGCCCAUCCCCCUCAGCCAGGUGCUGCCCGAGGCCUCGCAGGAUGCCCUCGAUCUAGUUAAGAAGUUCCUUAUCUACUGCCCCGAGAAAAGGCUUCCAGCCGUCCAGGCUCUUCAGCAUCCCUACUUCUUCACCCCGCCUGCCCCCUGCCCGCGGUCCCAGAUGCCCCUCCCACCAGUGGAGAAGCAGCCUCCACCCGCCACUCAGGAAUACAACACAGCCUUCCCCCUCAGCGACCUCGCCCACGCCCUGCACGCUCACCUCGAUCCCGUCACGUGAGCGCCGGGGGAAAACAAUAAACUUGUCAAGAUCUAAUGAAGAAUCUCUCUCUCGUCCUCCAUGAUUAAGGCAGAAAAACAUCUAUAAAUAAAGGUGGAAAUCAAAUGAAUAGAUAUACAGUAUUGUAUGAAUAGAUAGAAUAAAUAAAUAAAUGAAUAGAUAAUACAAC